AUGCAAUUGGCUGCCGAGGCUGGAGCCUUCGCGCUCGGAAGGAAUAGCGCUUCAUCAACAGACUUGUCCUCGCUAGCCAACGCUACUCCUACAGGAACCAAACAGUCAGUACUUCUCUCAGCACCUUCACCUUCACAGCUUUCAAAUCUCCUUUCACCCCGAUCAUAUACUGGCAAGGAAGCUGGCACCCUCCCCAGGUCGAGACUUGGAAGUGUCGCCAACAUUGAGGGCAUCCAAGUAGACGACCAGGAUGCAGAGCAAAUGGCACCUAUCGAAACGACUCAGCAGUUCUUGGAUUGGUUCUCGGGAAUUGAAGGAAAGAUGGAACGGGACCAGGAAGACGUUUACAGAAACUACCUGGCCGUUGUGGUAAUGUACAAGGAGGCGUGUCAGGGAUUCUUGACGCAGAUCGACGAGACUUCGGAGUGCUUCAAGAGCCUGGAAGGUCAUUAUGAGUUCGUAGAGGAAAAGACAAGGGCCCUUCAGCUGGCGUGUGAAAAAUUGCUUCAGGAGCAGACCAAUCUUCAAACGCUUGCGGAUCUAAUGGCGUCCAAGCUUUCAUAUUUUCAUCAGUUGGAGGCAGUUACAAAGUUGUUCAAUGCACCAGGCGACGACGUCUGCCUGCGCCCAGAGUUUGCACCAAUGUUGAACAAGUUGGACGAGUGCCUGGACUAUGUUGAACAAAACCUCAAGUACAAGGACUCGGAGUUAUAUCAGAUGAGGUUUCGGCAAUGUAUGACUCGUGGAAUGACGCUGAUCAAGAUGCACCUUAUCACGAAGUUGCGUGCCCUAAGCGCCGAAGUCAUGUCCAAGAAGCCCGUACUUGCAAAAGGAGAAUCGAUAAAACCAGCAAUGGCCACAGCCCUGUUCUACGUCAAAUUCAGGACUAUCGCACCACCCUUGCGUUCAUUGGUCGCCGAACUCGAAAAGAGAUGUGUCUCGCACAGGGAGUACAACUCUUUGUUGAACGACUGCUACAACUGCUAUUUCUCUGUUCGUCAACAACACCUUGCCCCAAUGAUUGUCUCAAAGAUUCAGGAGAUGGGACCAAGCCAACAGGACAAGCUGAAGUUUGCUCGGAGCGGACUUGCAUACUUGACAUCUGUCUGCAUGGAAGAGUACUCGCUCUUUUACAACUUCUUCAACACUGGCGAAAGCGAGCUCUAUGGGUACUUAGACACGCUUAUUGGAUAUCUUUACGACUACCUGCGCCCCAGGAUCAUCCACGAGAACAAGAUCGAUAUUCUUUCAGAGCUUUGCGUUGUCAUGAACAUCCAACAGUCUGACAUCCCUAGUAUGUUCUCGUCCGUCGUUGCAGUCUCGAAAGCGAACGAGCACGACUGGAUCGCAAUCGACGAAAACUCUCGCCUUGCGUUCGGAUACUUGAUCCGCAAUAUGCUCCAGGAUGCCCAACAUCGCCUCGUCUACAGGGCGCAGGCGUUCAUUCGAGCUGAGAUUCAAAAUUUCAAGCCAACUCCCAACAUAUUGGACUACCCUGCACGUCUCAAAGCUGCACCACCACUUCCACCAGGCUCAGAAACACCCACGAGGAUUGCAUCUUCACCACACGCUCAUAGACCCUCAGACGUCGAGAGCAUUGCCGAGUCUAUAUCAGAGGUUUCCUCACCCACCCCAUCCUUGGCUGGAAGCUUCACCGGCGGUUACUUUUCCUCACCCACACUUCAACAGUUCAACGAAUCGGCAGAGAUGUAUCAAGGAUGGUAUCCUACUUUGCAAAGGACACUUUGGCUUCUAACCAAGAUUUACAAAUGUGUCGAUCAGUCCAUCUUCGACGACCUCUCUCAGGAAGUUCUUUCCACGUGCCUAGCCUCCCUCACCCAGGCCUCUGCGACCAUCAAGGAGACCAAGGAAGUUGUGGACGGACACUUGUUCUUGAUCAAACAUCUUCUCAUCCUCAAGGAACAGAUCGCGCCCUUUGAGGGCAACUUUGUGCAUUCGAGCAAGGAGGUUGACUUUUCGAGGAUGACAGACGCCAUCACCACCCUAUUCCGCGAUCGAACCAACCUGCUUAGUUUCGGAUCCUGGUUCGGUGCUGUUUCACAGACGAUUACGCCUACGUUGAUCGACAGUCACUUGGACGCACGACAGGAGAUUGACCGAGACUUGAAGUUGGUUUGUGAGACGUUUAUCUUGGAGAUGGGCAAGGCCGCAGUGCACUCGUUGACAGAGUUCAUGAACAAGGUUGCUGGGUUCAGGAUCCGUGCCGAUGUUGAGGCAGCUCAGAGGGAACGGGACCCUUCGGCUGGAGCAGGCAUCAUGAGGAGACCCCCGAUGUUGCUGAAGGACAAGCCGUUUGCGAGACCUGAGGAGCUGCAGAGGAUCAUGGUUGCUUUCAAGGACAGUGUGCCUCCAUGGAUUCAAUGGACUGUCAGGAAGCUGUCGACCUACUUGAAUGACCCUAACACCGAGAUGAUUUUGAUGCGUCCUAUCCAGUCGUUCAUUAUCGAGUCGUACCAAUCGUUCUAUGACACGAUCCUGUACGAGUACGAUCCAGCAUUGACGUUGAAGGCAUCGCAGGCGGGACACCGCAAGAUCCAGCAUGCAGGCAUGAAGGACUUGGACCCCGUUGAGAACAUUGUCAGUUGGGUCAGCGGCCUUGUUCGCUCCGAGCUCAAGAAGAACAACCCCGAUUUUGUCAUCGACGCCUAG